AUGCCCGAAGUGUUCCCUCUUAUAUUCUUAGCCUUCGAUCAGGAUAAAGGCAUCAGGAAAGCCAAAAGGGUGGAGGAGAGCUUUAAGACGUUGUUCUGGUCCAUUUUUGGCUUGUCGGAGGUGAUCUCAGUGGUUCUGAAGUACGACCAUAAGUUCAUUGAGAACAUCGGCUAUGUGCUAUACGGCGUGUAUAACGUGACCAUGGUGGUGGUCCUGCUCAACAUGCUCAUAGCCAUGAUAAACAGCUCCUACCAGGAAAUAGAGGAGGAUGCUGAUGUUGAGUGGAAGUUUGCUCGUGCUAAGCUGUGGUUGUCAUAUUUUGAUGAAGGCCGCACGCUACCCGCUCCCUUUAACCUGGUGCCCAGUCCAAAGUCCUUCUACUAUCUGGCCUUGCGCAUCAAAGCAUGUCUCGUACACCUCUGUAAGGCCAAAGGUCAUCGGCAUGACAAUGAACUAGAGAUGGGCAUGCUCAACUCAAGACCAAAGCUGGAUCGAUACCGAGCUCACUCAAGAAUCAGAGAGGAGAACACAGUGAAGAAACCCAUCAAAAACCCAACACGCUACCAGGUAGAGAGAGAAAGCCAGACAGACUGACAGUCAGACAUGAAGAUAGAGAGGGCCAGACAGAGAGCUAGAGAUAGAGAUAAAAGGAAGGAGUGGGACAGACAGAUGUAAAGUCUGAGAGACAGAGAGAAAGACAGCGAGAGACAGACAUGUAUAAAGUCUAACAGACAAAAAGAAAGGCAGAGAGAGAGACAGACAGACAGACAAAGAGACAGGGAAAAGGAGAGAGAGGAAGAGACAGGCAAAGUCUAACAGACAGAGACAGAGACAGAGAGACACAGAGACAGAGACAGAGAGAGGGACAGACAAACAAACAGAGAAAAGGAGGCAAAAACAGACAAAAGGAGAGAGAAUGAGAGGCAAAGUCUGAGAGAGAGAGAGAAAGAUGAAGAGGGAGACAAAGAAAGAAAAGGAGGAAGAGACAAAGUUUGACAGACAGAUAGACAGACAAAGAGAGACAGAGAAAAAGAGGGAGAUGGAGAAACAGAAAAAGUCUGACAGACAAAGGGAAAGACAGGCAAACAAAGGAAAGUAAGGAGAGUGAGAGAGACAAACAAACAGAGAAAGGAGAGCGAUACAGUAUAAAGAGAACGACAGAUAGAGAGAGAGAUGUAGACAGAGGGGGAAAUGAACAGGACCAGACACACAGAACGAUAUAAAGGAUGUACAGGAUAUACAGCAUAUACCUGAAAUUCUUUACAAAAGAAAAACGUCCACAGUAUCAUUUUUGCCAGAAAGUAACAUCAUUACUUAAAAUAGUUUAUUCGUAGAAAGUCUUCAUUUGAUGAAAACAAGCUGCCUGCAUUAUUAAAGUCCUCAGGCUGCAGUUGGACAGUAGCGGUGUUGGUAAAUGAUGAGACUCCUAUAGUUGAUAUAUUCUCAUGUUAUAGUGUGGGAAUGAUAUUAAAUAUUAUAUAGUGACAGUCUCAUACAGUAUACACAGUGGAUAUGUCAAGAAUAAACCCCAACGUGGGAGAGUGAUGUUAUAGGAAAAUAAUCCAUGCUGGGGAUGGUAUAAUACGCCCAACAUAAAGCAGAAUUACUGUUACCUCUGCAAAGCUGAUUAUCUUCCAACAGCAUCAGGUCCUGGUGUGUUAUCUUCCUCUUAUACCACAGCGAUUCGUCAACA